AUGACGGGAAACUAUGUGAUAAUUCGACUUCCGAGAGGAGGAGCUGCUUUUUUGGAAAACUUCGGAGGCACUCUUGCAGACAACUUGGAAGCAGGACAUAAACUCUGCUGCGAGCUUUUUCCCGAUCCCGAACAAUACGAUCCCAAGUUCCUACAAACCACCCGAAAAAAGGCAGAAGAGUAUUUUGAGCGUUUAAAACAAGAAGCGGAGAGCGUGCAUGCACCGGGGGGCCUCGGGGGCCGCGUUGUCACCCAGCCGGGACAGUUAGUUCGCUACACUCUUUCGAAAGAUGACACAAACAUGUUUGGCUUAGUGCAGGCGGUGUCAGCAGCUGUCGAUACACCCGACAGCAGCAGCCGCAAAGUCGAAGACAACUCCGACGCCAAAACCCCCAGCAGAGACGCCCUCGUCACCUUCUACUUCCGCAGCCCCCAGGCUCUCGCGGAACAGACUCAGUCUAAGAGCGUCGACAGGCAGCGACUUACUGUUAUUUUGUCUUUACAAACGCUGGUGCACCCGAAGAACAUCCCCCCCUCGGGCUACCGCUGCUGGCAGCGAGUCUUCAGGCCUGACGGCUGGAUUGGUUUGCAGCCAGUUGAGAUAUCAUCAGUUUCUGUAGAGGCAGCAAAUGCAGACCAAGGCGACGGGGCUGGGGCUUUGUACAAGGGGCAUGCAGUGAUUCACCCGCUGCUGGGCCCCGACCUGGACAGCCCCCCUAACGAAGGGGCCCCUGAGGAGUCUGUGGGCCUCGACGAGCUGUUCAUGGACGCCGUGGGCGAAAGCGACAAGCAGCCUGCGCGGGACGCGGAGUUCACCCUGAGUCAGAAGGUGGCCGGCGAGUUCGCAGAUGUGCGACUUCUCAAUCAACUUUCGGUGACGCAUUUAUGUCGUUGGUUGAAAUUCCACAUUUCCAUUUUGGAACCCGACAGAAGAUUCACCAAAAACGUCCUGCUCCAGGUGCGGGUGCAGUUUUGGGCUGUCAAAAUUCUGCUGGCGACUCCGCUGACAACAAAGUUAUAUAUGCAUUUCAUUAAAGACAUUAAAGACAAAAGCAUGCGAGUUGGAGAAGACACUGCAGCAGCACAUCCUCUCGGAGCGUUCUUCAGCAGCGACGGGGACUUAAUGGAGCACUUCAACUUGAAGCUGAACACGGAGCAGCUGCUUAGCUCGGUCAUGGCUGCCCGGCGAACUGAAGAAUAUGUGAAGCUGGCCCUGGAAGGCGUGGCCAAAUUGAGGGCCCAAAUUCAGCAGCAAGGAGGAGUGGACUUUUUGACCCGUUUGGAGUUGGACUCGAGGGGCCCCCCGCAGCAGCAGGGGGGCCCCCCGCAGCAGCAGGGGGGCCAGGGGGGCCCCCCGCAGCAGCAGGGGGCCCCCCCCCAGGCCCCCUACCGCGACGCCCUCCCGGGGGGCCCCUACCCCGACAAAAGACUUAACAACAUUCACCGGGGGGCCCCCCAUUUGCCAGCGAGCCACCAAGGCACAGCAGAGGACCUCUGA